AUGGCAGUGAGGGAGAACACGACGAAGGCGGCAGACGGAAGCAGGGACUACAAGAUGGUGGCCACGACAGUGGUGACGACGCAGUCAAGAGGGAGAGCACCGUCGUAUGAGCGGGGAGGGAGGGAGAGAGCGGGGCUAGACAUAGAUAGAACAAAGAAUACCAAGGUCUUAUUAUCAAGUUCAGAGGCUAUGCCGAUUCUCAAGAAUCUAAUUGUUUCGCUGAUCGUUUUAGUUCUCCUAUCUUAUGGCCUUGUUGAAGCUAAUCAUGAGCAGAAGAUGAAAGCUAACGAUGGCGGGCAAAGUCCCGGGAUCGCGAAAAAGGAUUGUGGGGUGGCGUGUGCCACAAGGUGCCGGUUGGCAUCGAGACAGAAUUUGUGCAAGAGGGCUUGUGGGACCUGCUGCGCUCGUUGCAACUGUGUGCCACCAGGAACCUCUGGCAAUCAACACCUCUGCCCGUGCUACUAUGCUAUGACUACGCAUGGCGGAAGGCGCAAAUGUCCUUAA